AUGAGUUCCCCGGUUUAUCGCAUCGUUGUAGCUGCAGACGAUUCCCCAAUUUCCAAAAAGGCCAUCGACUAUGCCGCCAAACUAUGUUCAAACCUGUCUGUCCCGUACAAGCUGGAUGUUGUCUAUGCUGUAGGCUUAAAUCCAGCUGGUAUCACAGCCUUUGGAUUCAUGAGCGGAUUGGACAGAAUGAACAAUGUUGACAUUCAACAAGACGCAAAGGAAUCUGUAGCGAAUUUGAACACAUAUUUAGCACAGUUUGAUGAAACAAAGUCGAAUGCAGUAAUCGUGAAAACAAGCACCAAAGAUUGUGGCUAUAUCAUUGAAGAUUACAUUAAUCAAGAUCCUCCAGAUAUGCUGGUGCUGGGCUCAUCUAAUAAAGAAGGCAUCCAAAAGUUUAUACUCGGUUCCGUCAGUGAUCACUGCUUGCAUAAUUGCCAUUGCCCUGUCCUCAUAAUAAAGAACUGA